AUGACACUCGACGUCUACGACGACGAUAGCACGCUUUGCGUCUGUAACUCCGCUACCGAUGCUCACCGCCAGCAACAAGGCGCUAUGACCAAAGCUGUCAAACCCGCAUUGGGACGGGCUUCUCCCACGGAUCCGCGAUUCAGGCGAGCCAAGCUAAACGCGCUCAAAAGAGGUGGAUACGUCUUCUCGAAGCUCGACGGCGUGGAAGCAAAGGAAUAUUCGAAGAAAGCUCGUCGUUGA